GGGGGAGACCGGCGCGGAGGAGCGCUCUGUGGUCUUCGCGGGGUCGGAGCAGCAGCGGCGGGAGAGAAAAAGGUUGCCAACAAGAGCCUUCUGGACAACUGAGAAUCACAAGCAGCAUUAAAAAGGAAAGCAAAUCAAGCCAGCAAACAAAUCUUUUCCACUUUCUCCAGAGAACCCCAAAACUCCCCAGCAGGUGACAGACGAGGGAGAGAAAAACCAGAAGAGAGUUUUUGAGCUGCAAAGAAUUAUGUGGAACUCAAAUAUUCCAUGAAAAGGUCAAGGGGGAUAAUUUCCAAAUUCUGAGAAAGAGGGAAAUAUCUGGAAGUCAGUGGGGAGGAAGAGGUCAUCUGGAUAGCUGCAGAGGGCAGAAAGUAACGCAAACCUCACCCUGUGAGGAAGGAAACAGUCGCUUGGAUCAAAGGACCACCAAAGAAAUCGUUUUGAUCUCCUCGAAAAUCCAAGAAUAUCAUUGGUGGAAAAGCCCCACAGAGGUGUAUAUAGUGGGAAAAGAACAGAUUACAAGUCACAGGUGAUUAUGCAUGAGAGAACCCACACUGGCAAGAAGCCCUACCAGUAUUCUAGAGGUGGCAAAAGCUUUAUCAAGGACACCACCCUGGUGAAUCACAGCAGGACUCACACAGGGGGGAAACUGUAUGAGUGUCCAGAUUGUUCGAAAAGUUUCAGUUGGAAGUCUAAACUGGUGAAACACCAGAGGACUCACACAAGAGAGAAACCGUAUGACUGUCUGGAUUGUGGGAAAAGUUUCAGUCGAAAUUGCAGCCUGGUGAUGCACCAGAGGACUCACACAGGAGAGAAACCAUAUGAGUGUCCGGAUUGUGGGAAAAGUUUCAGUCAAAAUUGCAGCCUGGUGAUGCACCAGAGGACUCACACAGGAGAGAAACCGUAUGAGUGUCCAGAUUGUGGGAAAAGUUUCAGUCGGAAUUCCAGCCAGGUGAUGCACCAGAGGACUCACACAGGAGAGAAACCGUAUGAGUGUCCAGAUUGUGGGAAAAGUUUCAGUCAGAAUUCCCACUUGGUGAAUCACCAGAGGACUCACACAGGAGAGAAACCGUAUGAGUGUCCGGAUUGUGGGAAAAGUUUCAGUCAGAAUUCCCACUUGGUGAAUCACCAGAGGACUCACACAGGAGAGAAACCAUAUGAGUGUCCAGAUUGUGGGAAGAGUUUCAGUCGGAAUUCCAGCCAGGUGAUGCACCAGAGGAUUCACACAGGAGAGAAACCGUAUGAGUGUCCAGAUUGUGGGAAAAGUUUUAGUCGGAAUUCCCAUUUGGUGAAUCACCAGAGGACUCACACAGGAAAGAAACCGUAUGAGUGUCCAGAUUGUGGGAAGAGUUUCAGUCGGAAUUCCAGCCAGGUGAUGCACCAGAGGAUUCACACAGGAGAGAAACCGUAUGAGUGUCUGGAUUGUGGGAAAAGUUUCAGUCGGAAUUUCAGCCUGGUGAUGCACCAGAGAACUCACACAGGAGAGAAACCGUAUGAGUGUCCAGAUUGUGGGAAAAGUUUCAGUCGGAAUUCCAGCCAGGUGAUGCACCAGAGGACUCACACAGGAGAGAAACCGUAUGAGUGUCCGGAUUGUGGGAAAAGUUUCAGUCAGAAUUCCCACUUGGUGAAUCACCAGAGGACUCACACAGGAAAGAAACCGUAUGAGUGUCCAGAUUGUGGGAAAAGUUUCAGUCAGAAUUCCCACUUGGUGAAACACCAGAGGACUCACACAGGAGAGAAACCGUAUGAGUGUCCGUAUUGUGGGGAAAUUUUCAGUCGGAAUUCCAGCCUGGUGAUGCAUCAGAGGACUCACACAGGAGAGAAACCGUAUGAGUGUCCAGAUUGUGGGAAAAAUUUCAGUCGGAAUUCCCACCUGGUGAGACAUCAGAGGACUCACACAGGAGAGAAACCGUAUGAGUGUCUGGAUUGUGGGAAAAGUUUCAGUCUGAAGUCCAACCUGAAUUCCAGCCUUGUGAUACACCAGAGGACUCACACAGGAGAGAAACCGUAUGAGUGUCCAGUUUGUGGGAAAAGUUUCAGUCAGAAUUCCAACCUUGUGAUACACCAGAGGACUCACACAGGAGAGAAACUGUAUGAGUGUCCAGAUUGUGGUAAAGAUUUCAGUUUUAGCCUCCGUUCACGCCUGAUCGUCCACGAGAGGACUCACACGGGCGAGAAACCUUACACGUGUUCGGAGUGCGGACGGAGCUUCAGUGUCAGCUCCAGCCUCAUCGCGCACCGGAGAACCCAUACGGGAGAGAAGCCCUACAAAUGUUCCCAUUGCGCAAAGAGUUUCAGCGUGAAGUCCGGGCUGAUCGCUCACGAGCGGACCCACACGGGAGAGAAACCCUACAAAUGUCUGUACUGCAGCAAAAGUUUCCGCCGCAACUCGGGCCUCGUCAGCCACCAGAGAAUCCACACGGGAGACAAGCCGUACCAGUGCUCGGUGUGCGAGAAAAGCUUCAGCGAUAUCUCCAACCUCAUUACCCAUCACCGGAUCCACACAGGGGAGAAACCCUACAAGUGUUUAGAGUGUGGGAAAAGCUUCAGCCAGAGCUCGUACCUCAACAGCCACCAGAGAAUCCAUACGGGAGAGAAGCCGUACGAGUGCUCCGAGUGCGGGAAGACCUUCAGCGUCAGCUCUCGGCUCCGGAAACAUCAGAGGAGCCACACCGGGGAGAGGCCUUUUGUCUGCUUGGACUGCGGGAAAACGUUCAGCGAGAGCUCUGACCUCCUGGCCCAUGAGCGGGCGCACACAGGGGAGAAGCCCUACCGCUGUUCCUUCUGCGGGAAGAGUUUCCUGCGCAGCUCCGAGGUAGUGAGCCACGAGAGGAUCCAUACGGGCGAAAAACCGUACCAGUGCGGGGAGUGCGGGAAAAGCUUCAGCGUCAGCUCCCGCCUGAGUGCGCACCGGAGGAUUCACACGGGGGAGAAGCCAUUCCAGUGCGUGGUGUGCGAGAGAAGCUUCAGUUACAAGUCCCACCUCAUUACUCACCAGAGAAUCCAUACUGGGGAAAAACCUUUCCAGUGCUCCAUCUGCGGGAAGAGUUUCCGCGGCAGUUCCAGUCUGGUGGCGCACGAGCGGACGCACACGGGAGAGAAACCAUACCGGUGUCUGGACUGCGGGAAAAGCUUUACUCAGAGCUCAAACCUCAUUAGUCAUCAGCGAAUCCACACAGAGGGGAAUUCCUGAGAUCUCCCUCGGAUGGACCUCUGUGGAUAAUCAGUGGGAUCUCCCUUUUCUGAAGGAGACAUUGGU